AUUAAAUCUAGAACACUGGCACGAAUCUUCCGUAACAUGGGCAGCAAGGAGGUUCUUCUAGCCACCGGUGUUCCAGAUGAUUUUGGGAAAACCCUACGAAAUGACAACGGACUGUAUAAAACAACAUCGUACGAACCAUCCAAUAAAAACCAACCAUACAAAGCCAAGAAAUGCUCCACCCCCAAACCUUACCAAGGACACACCUACAAACACACCGUCAACACUAAUCGUCAAUACCGGGAAUACGAAGCACGCACGUACGAUAAUGUGUACGUUUAUUCCAAGAUAUAUCAUGAGAAACCGAAGAAAGAGGCACCACAAAGAGCAGAGAGUCCUCCCCCGCAGCAAAAAACAGAAACACCCCCACCUCCUCGCCAGUCUUCCCCUCCGCUGCCAUACAGUGCCGUGGAAUCCAUCAGACGGUCAUUUCUAUUGGCUGAAGUACGGACCGCGUCACCGGAACAGAGCAACUCUGUAUUCAGUUGAUGAGAAAAGUGCUCCCACGAAAGUCAUCUGAUACGGGCUAUCCCGGGGCGUUCCGUGCAUUCUGGGUCGCAUGAGUGCCGCAACAUGACGUCAUAUUCCUGGAGAAUCCGAUUCCUACGCUCUCUUUGAUUUCACCCAUAUCAUCUUUGUACUUUAAAAAAAGUGUGCUUGUAUCUUUACAAGAAAUAAAGAGUCAGACUUGUUUAUUAUUAUUAUUUAAAAAGAACAACCCAAAAAUACACGUUAAAGUGGAUGUUUUACGUUAUCCAAUAUUUCUUUUGUGGUUUCUCUGUAUGUGUGUAAGAGAUGCAUUCUGAACAGCUUCGCGACAUUGUUUCAAUCGCGGAUUUAAACAUCUCACAAAAGAAGUCAACCUUCCUUAAACAGAACGGUUAGCCAUAUCGUGAGAUCUUAAUACAUUUUGACUGGUAAAGCACAAUGCCGUCGUAGUGCUGGCGUAGACUGAUCUACAGAAAAGAACACACACUCAGAGCUGGGGUGGACAUGACGGAGACGCCGAGGCAAGGAGCAAUAUAUCUGGGGAUAAAGGAUAAAUUGAAUGAUGGUGAAAGUGCCAGUGUCGUGGAUUCUAAGACCGGAAUGUACAAAGCUAGAGAAUACAAACCAAAAUCAUAUCUACCCAAAAUCCGGGAGUUUAAACCGAAAAACAGAGAGUUUAAGCCCCGGGAGUUUGAACCUAAAAAAGAGGUCACGGUUCACACGUACGACAAACUCCGUGAAUAUAACCAUUUCUACGAUGCCGAGCCACCGGAAGACGAAACGAACAGACCAGCGAAAGACGCUCCAUUCUUUAAACACAAGAAAGCGUUGGGUUCCAUUAAGCGGACGAUAGUCAUUAUGACGCCUCGACAAUAGCGCCACCUGUCUCCUCGCAGAAGAAGCGCCACCUGUCCUUCACGGAGAAGUUUUGGGGUGGUGGUUUUGAAGACAA